UCAAAUUAAGGUUAAUUGAGGUUAUGUUAUUAAAGCUAAGCGUCUCAAAAGAAAUUUUUUGAUUCUUUCGCAACUAUGGACUCAAUUCCGAAAGAUUUACGUGGAUUAAGAGCCUGUUUAGUGUGCUCGUUAAUAAAGACGUUCGAACAAUUCGAAUACGAUGGUUGUGAUAAUUGCGACGAAUUUUUACGGAUGAAAAAUAAUAGGGAUAACGUUUAUGAUUGUACAAGCUCGAAUUUCGAUGGGAUGAUAGCUGUGAUGAGUCCUGAGGAUAGUUGGGUGUGUAAAUGGCAAAGAAUAAAUCAAUUCUGUAAGGGGAUUUAUGCGAUAUCUGUCGCUGGAAGAUUACCUGUUAGUAUUGUACGAGAAAUGAAGAGUAGAGGGAUUAUUUAUCGUCCACGGGAUACGAGUCAACGAUAAUUUAUUACUUUUUAUGUUAAUAAUUGAAUUUUAAUGAAUAAUAAUAAAUAAUUAUACAGGUGU